CACUCACGUCCUCAGUCAGGAGUUAAGUAGUGGGACAGCGGAGAGAGAGAAACAUUCAUAUCAAACACUUGAUACGUUAAAAUGAGCGGAAGAGGAAAGGGAGGUAAAGGACUCGGUAAAGGAGGCGCUAAGCGGCACCGUAAAGUCCUCCGUGAUAACAUCCAGGGAAUCACCAAGCCCGCUAUCCGCCGUCUGGCUCGCCGCGGUGGAGUGAAGCGUAUCUCCGGUCUGAUCUACGAGGAGACCCGCGGUGUGUUGAAGGUCUUCCUGGAGAAUGUGAUCCGUGAUGCCGUCACCUACACCGAGCACGCCAAGAGAAAGACCGUGACCGCCAUGGAUGUGGUUUAUGCUCUGAAGAGGCAGGGACGCACUCUGUACGGCUUCGGAGGUUAAACCUGUUAUUGAUCCACUGAACCAAAGGUCCUUUUAAGGGCCGCACACACUCUCUCAAAGAGACACAGUCCUGAUUUAUAGUGAGAAAACUUUGGUUUACUAUGUUUCAAAGUGGUUGUUGCAUCUGAUGGGUGUCUAUUAUAAAGGCUGCAUUCUUGUGAGUAAUCCACUAAUUUUAGUUAAAACACAGAUAAUCAAGUGUUAAAUGCACAUAAAUUAUAAUGAGGGAAGUGAACCUACAAGGUGUCUAAUCCACGAGAGCUAACUAAAGUAUUAAUCUGUAUCAUUUAUGUAUAAUCUCAACUGGAUGCUACAAAAUUUGUAUGACUCAGUUGCAGGUCACAUUAUGUUAAUUCUACAUAUCAGUAACAUUCUUCAGUUAACGUGCUUUCGGGUCCAGCUAUUUAUUAACAAUACAUUAAGUUGCAGAUAGCAAAUUUGACGUUAUUUAAACAUUUAUUUCACCAAAUGGAUGCUAAUAAACAAAGUAACACGAUCCAACUGAGAA